AUGUAUCGAUUUGUCCUCCAUUUCCUUGCAGCAGCUCUACCAGCUGCUGCUUCUGUGGUGCAGACAUGCAGACGCCUCCAUACUCAGAUUCCGGGCCGUGUCUUUUACCCAGACAGCGCAACGUACAAUUCAUCCAUUUCCUCCUACUACAGUGGGCAGGAACGCGAAUUAAAUCCUAGCUGCAUUUUCAGGCCCACAACCACCUCUGAAGUGUCUCAGUUCAUCAAGUUAAUUGCUGAUUGUGGAGAUGUCAAGUUUGCUGUUAGAGGUGGUGGCCACACGCUCUGGACCGGAGCCGCAAAUAUUGACGAUGGCAUCACGGUCGAUAUGCGUUCGUUGAACGGUUUGGAUUUGAGCAACGACCACAAAAUUGCCCGUCUUGGCGGCGGUGCAGUUUUCAGCGACAUUUACCCUAAGCUCGUGCCUUAUAACUUGACCGUUAUGGGAGGUCGUGUUCCAGGUAUUGGAGCAGGUGGUUUCGUUACCGGCGGUGGUAUCACAUUCUUAUCCCGCAGACACGGCUACAGCUGUGAUAACGUCUACGGCUAUGAAGUUGUUCUUGCGAGCGGUAAAGUCGUCUAUGCCACCGAGAGUUCUUAUCCCGACCUCUGGCUCGCCCUGAAGGGUGGCUCGAACAACUUUGGAAAUAUGUGGUAUAGCGAUCUCAGUUAUAACUACACUGAAAGCGUGCUUUCGGCACAUGCCAAAGCCUUCAGCAACUUCAUGAAGCCCGCCAAUUACGACAGCGCUGCCAUGAUGGGAGUAUUCUUGUAUUAUACGGGUCAAGGUUUUGGUGUCUCCGACGCCAUGUGGUACGUUGAAGAUGUUGCACACCCAGCCGUUUACGAUGCCUUCACCAAGAUCCCCAACCUGGGCGGCACAUCGGAGCUUGCCACUGUUGAUAAAGUCGUGGAAACUUUUGGGGAAAAUCUUCCUGCUACUACGGGCCGAUCAUAUCAACUCACCUUGACUUUCCAAAACCCUCCUGCUGCCAUCUACACAGAGUUGUUUCAAAUCUGGGAAAAACGCAUCACCGCUCUCGCCAAUGUCAAAGGGCUCUUCAUUGAGUUCCUCUUACAACCUCAGCCGGUCACUAAUGGCACUAAUAUGUUUGGUCUCACUCCCGGGAAGACCGAUGAUGUGCUCAUCGAUAUGACGGCUGCCUACGAUAAUGGGUCUGACGAUGCAUUGGUUCAAUCGAUCAUCAACGACAUUGUCAACAGGCAAAGGGCAUUCUUGAAAUCUCGUGGAUAUCUCCUCGACUUCAUCUAUCUCAACUACGCUGAUAUCUCACAGAACGUGCUUAGCACCUGGGGCAACAAGAGUCUCUCCAAACUCCGGGCUGUUAGCAAGAAGUAUGACCCCAAGGGUAUGUUUCAGAAGAAAUCUCCCGGUGGCUAUAAGCUCUUCAAAUAA